GAAUUAAUUCAGUAAAAUACGAUAACUUCUUUCUCAUGGUUUAAUGUUACGAGAAAUAAUUAUACUGUAAUGAACUUAUGGCCACACUGUACACAGGCAAUAUGGCUAUGAACAUGAUGAAUGGUAUGUAUUUGGAGUUGGAGUAAACCACGUGCCAGCGUACCUUUACUAAAUAAAAAAAAUAAAAACAAUUAAUAUAAAUUGUUUGGUGAUGUCUAGAUCAAAGGAAUCGUAUCCAAGUAUUAUGUUCUUUAAAUUGUGAAAUUUGAUAUUCUUAGAGACAAUCAGGAUUUUUUUUUGUUCUUUUCUUUGCUGUUUCGCACAAAAAUACCAGACCCAUUCCAAGUUCGCCUUUCUGGUGGAUUAAACGAUGCUGAAGGGAUAGUAGAGGUACUACAUGACGGAUCCUGGGGAACUAUCUGCGAUUAUGAAUGGGAUCUACGAGACGCCAGGGUGGUUUGUAGGAUGCUUGGGUUUGAUGGAGCCUUGGAAGCCCUGAGAUCUGCAAGGUUCGGCCAGGGUUCUGGUCCUAUUCAUCUCCUUUUUGUCGAGUGUGAUGGAACAGAAGACAACCUAGCCGACUGUUCUCAAGUUGGGAUUGGUCGUUUCUCAUGUAGCCAGUCAAGGAAUGCGGGAGCCAUUUGUUUUUCUAGAGUUUCUAAUGGUAGUUCUGAAUUCGAGACUAACCUAUCAAAUAAAGUUCAUGGCGAUCAUUUCCUGUGGCUCGUAAUAUGCAUUCUUGUCCUGAGUUCCAUGGGUUUAGCAGCCUUUCUAUCUUGCCUAUAUCAAAGGCGGACGAAACUUAGAGCGAGGAGUUCUGAUACUAUUACAUACAUGGAUUUGAUGCAUUCUAGAACCGUGGGCCAUCAGGACUUGAACUCAACCUAUCAAGAUUUGAGUUCUCCGCCGAACUUACCACAACAUUCGUCGGCCGAUGUGUCAGUAUUUUGUAAAUCACAGAUAGCCUCAACAGAAGGUGAAGAUACGACCAACGUCAGCCAUGAAUACACGGAUCUAAAUACCAUUUUGGAAAAACAAACAAUUUCUAAAGAUUCAGAGAGAAAAGUUUAUAUGGAGACAAGGAAAAAAUCAGGAGAAGCGUAUUAUGAAAAUCGAAUAAGUGUAGAAAGAAAAACAGAUAAUAGUACACAGGAUGCGGUUAAACAAUAUAUGGACAUGAGGCCAAUCGCAGAUACUCCAGACACAGGGUUUGACGAUUAUCUUCUAGCAACCCCUGCAAGCAUGUCUAAGUCAUGUGUGCACUUAUCAGAAGGAACACAUAUCUCUGAUGUGGCAAGGAAUGGCAACGGCACUGUUCAGUAUAAAGGUAAUAAGUACAUGGACAUGAAUAUUGUGUAUCAAACGCCAGCAUCUGGUUCAGACUUAGAUGUUGAUGGUUACCUUCUCCACGAUAUAACGUCAGCGAGCACUGAUCAUGAUAUUGAUAAACAUCUUCUUCGAAGCCUUACAUCUGCCCAAAAUAAAGUGAUUUUGAAUAACAACGCAGUAUCAACAGGUUUUGCAACAGCAGAAGUGAAGUAG